GGAGCCGGAUGCCCUGAUGGGUGAUGUGCACAGCAGCACUGAGGAUCUCCUCUCCAUAGACUUCGCUCUCCACGGCACCGAGUAUUACAGAGACCUGGGGCUGCCGAACCUGCCAGAGGCCAGCGCGACUCCAGCAAUGGCAAUGCUGCCAGUACAGACAGGCCAGGUGGUGCACAGCUCUCCUGUACUGGAAGAGAAACCUGGAGGCUUGGGGCGAACACUUGUGGGCAUUGCCCGCCCCGAUCCCAUCUCUGGCUCAGUGCAGUACAGGGAGACCAGCUGCCAUUUCCUGAACAGUGACUCUGCUUGCUCCUGUGUGGCAGGGCCCCAGGACAGUCCCCCUGUGAGGGGGUGCCUGGCAGAGCAGGGUAAAGGACUGGAGCUGCAUGAGGAUGAGCAGUCCUUCCCCGCGCUAAUGAGAUCCGUGUCCACCUCACGGAGGCACAGCUGGGAAAGCCCCGUGUCCCCUACAGAGAGCGAGCGCAGGCUAAGCCUGGAUGCCUCCGAGAUGGCCAGUGACCUGGAACAAGAAGAGCUCGAAAGGAUCCUGCCCUGCCUGGCUCCCUGUGUGUCCCUGGAGCUGCCCACAACUGGGGUGGAGGCCUGGGGAGGCAGUGGCAGCACUCUGAUCAAAGUGGAGAUAGAGCCCCUGCACCUGAACUUCGCCAUCGUGCCCGAUCACGAGGACACAGAAUAUGGCAGCAAUGGGAAGAGACUGAGGACAAAGUCUGUCCCUUCCACCUGCAACAAGGUUUCUUCUCCUCAAAUCUCUCACAACCUGGAGGUGUCGCUCCCAGUUGCCAAAGGUAUUGAACCGCCUGCGCUGGAGACGACUGAAAAGGACCAUGUGGCCCCAGACCACGUGCUGAUCGUCCAGCAGGUGCUGCAGGAGCUGAAACAAUUUCAUGGGGCGAAGCAAGGGGCCUGCACAGCCGAGGGCAGCAACGAAUCCCAGCAGAACCUUACAUGGUUCGAGUUUCUGUCUAAUGAGGCUGAGGACAAUGGGAAGAGUGAUAAGAUUGAGAGAGGCACCAAGGUGAAGCGCCGGCUGAGUUCCCUGCGGAGCCGUGUCACUGGGUCCUGGCAGAAGGAUAAGGGUAAGAACAAAGACCAACCAAAAGAGAGAGAAAAGAGCCAAAAGAGGAAAAGGGUCAAUGGGCACCAGCUGGUGCCAGGGACGUUCUCCAGCUUCACCAGCUGUUCACUGUGCGCCAAACCUCUGGUGAAUAAAAAUGGUCUGCAGUGCCUGAGUGAAGACUGUGUGAGGCAGUGUGCAGCCCUCAGUACCAUGGGCAUACGAAAGAGGGUCUGUAGAGAUCUACCUGCCAGGGACAUGCUGAACUCUAUAACUGCGACCAAAGCACUUUGCAGAUUUCAGGGGAGCUCUUCUCCUCUUUGAGAUUCGAUGUCACUAAACCCUGGUGAAUCAUAAAGGCUGGGGGACUGUCUGGCUCAGAUAUCAGCAAUGGCAUAUAAAGCCUUUCACCUUGAUAUCACUAUUGCCCGUCUGUCCCAGUCUGACCCCUUGCUUGCUCUCAGUGGAGAGACUCAAUGGGUCUUGGAGAAUGAACUCCUGCUUAGACCCCAGUGCUGGGCUGAGGAAUAUUGGUGAGGGAGCAUUGCUCUGGCUCAUGUUAUACCUGUUCUGUGGCCAUCAGUCUCUGGGGUUCUUGCGCCAGCAUCUUUCACUAGUGGUGAAUUAAUUUCUGAAGAAGAAAACAGGCUCAGGCGUCUCUUCUUCGUCCCAUGCUCGGGUUCUGACAUGUUAAAGUGACCCCUCAUCUUGCCAGUUGUGUUUAAUAUAUUGAUGUCUGCACAUUUUUGCCCUGGGCUCCCCAGUGCAGCACUAGUCAGCUAAUGUAGGCAGGCAGUGCUUGACCUGGAAAAGGGCUGAGUUCUGUGAAUUCCAACAGGAAACUUCUGCUAAUAGCCCUGACAGAGGACUCUGAAAGCCAGGAGUAAAUUUGAAAUUUGACAUUUCUAGAAAGAGAGACAGCUGCCUAAAAGCUUCUAUUUAGGGAAAAGAGAGAGACAAGGUUUGGCUAGUGUGACAUGGUGACAGUGAUAAAUGUGCUGGGAAUCCCAUUUGGAAUGGGAGAUUACUGACAAGAGUCCAAUAAAACAACCAGCAGAACCAGGCCAUGGUGAUACUGUGCUAACAUUGCUGUAGGCCGAAACAAGGCGAGAUUUCAAGCAAUCUGUGAAGCUGACUCAAGAAGGGAACCUAACUGGGAAUGUGCUGCCACAUAUCUGCAUCCUAGUGGAUGCUCAUUGCAACCCCAGGAGUUUAGAGAAAGGAGGCAGGCUGGCUCCUUGCAGUCAGAUGACUCUGUUCAGUGCUUCUCCUUUUUACUUUUCAUCUUCUUUUCCUUUCAGUUCAGCAUUGCUUUUUUACUUGCCCCUCCCUGGAACAGUUUCAGGAUCCUAUUCCCUCCCUUGCCUGACACAGCUCCAGGAUCUUAUCUCCUCUGCCUGGGGAGUGGAUAAGCACACCUGAUACUGAUGGAGCUUCUCUUGAUGACAUGUCUGGGUUGUUUCCUAUCUCCUAUUUGUUCAUUGCCAAUAACAAGUGUUUUAUCGUGUAGAUUAUUAAACAGCAUUGGAAGGAUAAUGCUGUUUCCUUUGUCACUAUCCAACCCUCAUUUGGGUUUGGUGACACAGUAUUUGAACUGGUUGCUGUGCACACUCACUAUACUGACGUUGUUCAGAUGCCCACAGGACACAUGCCCCCAACAUCAGAUGUUUUUCCUGUGUCAAUUUUGAAAAAUUAUAGUGACACGCAGGGCUGGUUUUAGGGGCAAGCGAAAGCCUGGGUGGGGGGUGCCAGCCUCAGGGUGGCUGUUUUUGUUGGGAAAAUAGAAUGUUUGAAAUAAAACGUUUCAUGUAUUCCAUAUGUGGAUUAAUUUUUCACUAACCUCCUAGAAUGUUCCUGGACCUUUGCAUGCAAAUUUAUUGUCUUAUAUCACAGGAAUAAAUCAUGCAUGCAAAUCAUUCAUCAAAGUCAUGAAUUGGGCUACAGAUACAACAAAAAAUAAGGUAUUCAAAAGUUUAACAAGUGAAGGGAGAGCACUGAAGAUGCUCCUUGCCUGGGGCACCAUUUGGUCUAGGACUAGCCCUGCUGACACGGUCUGGGCUGUAUCUCAUCUCUGUGAAGCACAAAUAUAGUCUGUGUCUUAGGAUGAUUCUGUCACCAGAUGACAGCCUUCUGUUUACCCCCAAAUGGUAUCCUCAUUGUUAUUUAUUAUUUGUAUUCCCACGGAGCCUAGGAGCCCCAGUAAAGGGCUAGGUGCUGUACAAAGGCAGAGCAAAAAGAUGGUUUCUACUGCAAAGAGCUUAUAAUUGAAGUCUAAUAUAAGAGCCGACAGAUGGAGACAGGGUAUGGGAAUACAAGGAAACAGACUGUAUAGGCCAGCAUGAUAGGCAGUGGUCUCAGCACACCAUCAGACUAAACAUGCUCCAAGUGCAAAGGGCAGCCUGUGUGUUUGAAAAUGUAGCUAGUCAGUGAUGGAGGCUGGCAUCCUGGGCAGAUCAGAGGUGGGCGUUGACAUUUGAAUAGUGAAUGAGAGAGGAUUGGCAGGCUGGUGCUAAGUCAUGAAGUCAAGACAAACAGUUUGUUUGAUGUGAUAGAGAAAGAGCAGUGGAGGGAUUCAAAGAGAGGGAUGUUAUGGUCAGGGUAGGGCUAGGAAACGGAUCUUUACAGCAGUGUUCUGAAUGGAUAUGAGUAGGGCAGGAUUGCAUUUGUUAAGGUCAGUGAAAAAGUUGCAUCUCAUCAUUAGGCAAAACGCAGUUAUUUUCAAUCCUGGUCAUAUCUGGGUCCCCUCUUGGAAUCUGGUCUGUCACGACUGAACUUAGUAUUAUGAAAACAACUAGGAGAGUUCGUUGUUUCAGUUUGACAAAGCUGAUGGCAAAAUGAAUUUAAGUGUCUCAGGUCUUUUAGGGCCGUGUUUAAUCAUUGACAUUCAGAACUUUGUGUCUGAUCAGUUCAGAAUCCAAGUAGAGAAGAAAAUAUUUUAAUAAUAAGAUGAGUCUGUAGGUGAAUUAUGCUUUGUUCACUGUACGAUGGCGUUUGAGCAUAGACAAUGAUUGAACAAAAUACUGCUGUGUCUCAGCCACUUGUAUAUGCAGCUUUGGAACCAUUUCACAAGAAACAAAUAGACUUUAUAGUUAAGGACAGUAUUUUCAUUCUCAGUUGUGCUUCUACACAGCUUUGCUAAUGCACCUCAGUACCAUCUGAGGCACCCAACUCUCCUCAUC